GAGUGCAUCUUUGAUAUAGUAUUUAGGUGAUGAGAUGCAACAGGCAGAAGGAGAUAUUUCUUCAUCAAACACUGCCGGGGUGACGGUCUCUGGAUCACCAUGGGUACACUGGUAGCCUCAAUUAUUUUCUUUUUUUUGCAAGUCGGAGGAAGUCAACCCCAUAAGCAGAGGGGUGUUUGGGAUAUCUACAGUUUCCACGUCAAUUCCACUGUGACGAGUCGCUAUGCCAUCACAGUCAUCACCAGCCGAGUGGCCAACGGACAUGAAAACUCAACCGAGAUUGACUUCCACGUCAAGAUCCCCAAAACGGCCUUCAUCAGCAAAUUCAGAAUGACUAUUGAUGGGAUGAUUUAUGACGGAGUGGUCAAGCCAAAGGAAGAGGCCAGGAAGCAGUACAAUACAGCUGUAUCACGAGGCCAAAGUGGGGGACUGGUCAGCGCUGUAGGCAGGACUUUAGAGGACUUCAAAACAUCAGUGUCCGUCGCUGCUUACAGCAAGGUGACCUUUGAACUCACCUAUGAGGAACUGCUGCAGCGUCGUCUUGGCAACUAUGAGCUGCUGAUCAAUGCCCAACCUGGCCAACCUGUUAAAGACUUCAAGAUUGAUGUCAGUUUGUACGAGAAGCCUGGCAUAAACUUUCUACAGGUGGAGGGUUCUUUGGCUUCAAAUGACCUGGGCAGUGCGAUCACAAAAUCACAUGUGGAUGAAAAGGCAUGGGUGAAGUUCUACCCCACACAAGACCAGCAGAUCACAUGUGACGGCUGUGGAGAGAAGGGACUUAGUGGUGACCUUAAGAUUAUCUUUGAUGUUGAGAGGCCACAUUCUAAGGGAGAUAUAAGAGAGAAUGGUGGGUUUUUUGUCCAUUAUUUCGCUCCUACUGGUCUUCCACGCAUUCCCAAAAAUGUGGUCUUUGUGGUUGACCAAAGUGGAUCUAUGGCGGGCAAGAAAAUAGAACAGACUCGAACAGCUUUACUGAAGAUUUUGGGAGAUCUGGAUGAAGACGACCAUUUUGGCCUAAUCUGCUUUGAUGAUAAAAUAUCACCAUGGAAACAAAAACUUCUCAGGGCAACCCAACAGAACCUGGACAAAGCGAAAAAAAUUGUCACAACAAUAACAGAUCGAGGAGGUACAGAUAUAAAUGCUGCCGUGUUGGAAGGUGUGAAGAUGAUCAAAAAAUCUCACAGAGAAGGUUCAGCGUCCAUCCUCAUAUUGCUGACGGAUGGCGAUCCCACUUCAGGUGAGACGAGACCAGAAAGAAUCCAAUCCAAUGUGAGAGAGGCCAUUGGGAAGAGGUUUCCUUUGUACUGCUUGGGUUUUGGGCUUGAUGUGAACUUUGAGUUCCUGCAGAAGAUGGCCCAAGAGAACAGUGGAGUGGCACGCAGGAUCUAUGAGGCAUCGGACGCGGCUCUCCAGCUGAAGGGUUUCUAUGAGGAAGUCGCCGUCCCUCUGUUGACCAGCGUGCAGAUGAGUUACAGAGGUGCCGCAAACCUGACCCAAACCAGCUUCAGCUACUACUACAAUGGCUCUGAGAUUGUGGUGGCUGGACAGAUCACUGACAUCAAUGACUUCAGUACAGAGGUGAUCGGGAUAUCGACAAACAGCAAGGUGUACAAGAUGUACAGUGAUGUCUUGCCUGCUGAAGAUGACAAACUGCCUGCAGAGAUGGGUGGUUUUGACAACCUCCUCCAGAGACUAUGGGCCUACCUCACUGUCAAACAGCUUCUGGAGAAGGAGUUGAUGCUGACCGGCGAGGAGAAGGAGGCGUUGAGUAAGGAGGUCCUCGAUAUCUCCAUCAAACACAGUUUUGUGACCCCACUCACCUCGAUGGUGGUCACCAAACCUGAGGGCGAGGACUCCCAAGUGGCCAACAAACCAAAAGAGGGAGACAAGUCUGCUGAUGAUGCUGGUGCACGCCGCGCAUAUUAUGACCUGCUUUCUGUUGCAGGAGACGAUGAUGACUAUGCUGACGAUUUUGCCUAUUCUGAGGAUUAUGAUGAUUAUGUCGGGCCAAGGCACUUUGUCCUUGCUAGUGAUUUCGGGGUAAAAAGUAGCAGUAUGAUCAGUGGUAGGGAGGAUCAUCAUGGGCCAUCAUUGGUUUAUGGUUUGCUGGGGUCUGGCGUGUGCCUAGCAGUCCUGGGGAUCCUCGCAGCUUCAAUUUUCUGGUUCAAGAGGCGCAAACACACAAGACCACCACAUGCUGACCACAGUAAAAGUGCCUCUCCCUGUAUGGGCCCUGUGAGUGUGAGUUGUGAAGAUCAGGGUGUGGAGAGUGUCACACUUAUGGAUAAAUCAGGCAAAGAGCUCAAAGCACUUCCCUCCUAAGGACUGAGGACUACUUGCAUGAAGAUUCAUUUUGGUCUGGAGAAGUAAGCUCUUUCAUACAUUGGUUUUGUUCAUUAGCUUCUUACAGUAAUUUCCUGUGUAUUAUCCACAUUGUGUAUAAGCCGCAGGACGGUGUUUUAUGCAAGUUAACAUAAACAAAACCAUAUUAAUGCCAUAUUAACUGCCCCCGUGUAUUAACCUCUUAGCUGACAAAAGUUUGCAAAAUCAAUGUAUAAGUCGCGGCUAAUAUUGGGGAAAUUACGGUAUACGUUUUUAUAGGCACUGCUGUUUCAUAAAGCCUAUGUAAUGGUUGUUUUAUUCUGUUUUGUGGGCCUUUGCAUGCACAACAUGCAUUGCUACAUUUUUGUGACAGCCUCAUGCAGCCUCAUGCAGUGAAUAUACGACCUGCGAAUGUGUAAGCUCUGUAUCAUGGCUAAUUCUGCUUUGUGACUGUACAACCACUGUAUUUUGGCAACCUCUUCAUUUUCUGAAAAGUACUUUGUGCCUUCUAGACAUUACUGUGGGGACCAAGUAUCAUUGUUGUCAGACUUGUUGUAACUGUGUUGAGAUGACCUUUUUUUUUAGUCCAGACACUAGACACUAUUGAUUAUGACAAAUCAGUUCAUCAUAUUGGGAAGCCAUGACACAUUGACCUUUUACUAAGAUACGACUGAAAGGAAAGGCCAACAUGUCAUACUAGUCAGGGUUCCUUUUAACAACCUUUAGUAUUACUAGGAGUACCCUUUGUAGUAACAUAAAAAGCUUUGUGAAUAUGGCCAUCUAUAGUCAUUUUGCAACCACCCCCGCCAUGUGCUCCCAAGAAAUGUGCCUUCAGAGGUGUGGUAUUGUGGCUUUAACUUGAGAAAAAUAGUUUCAGUGCUUUAUAAGGUGCCCCUUCAAACAAAAGGUCCGUAGAACAUGUCUUUAUAAAUUAUGAGUGCCCUUCUUAUCUAGAUUUGCAAACGUAAUGCAACACCCGUGAUGCUUUGUAAUUGGCCUGUUUUUCUUUUCCAUGCAAAAUGGCAUAAAUAUGUAGAUGGUUCUGUACUGUGUAGUGUUUUCAGUUAACAAAAUCAACAUUUCACAUUCAUAAAUGUGGCCUUAUUCAUGUUUAAUUACCACCACCACCAGCACCAAUUCAAAGCAUACGUAUUGGCUUAGAAAUCGUCAUUUACAUAUACUGUACAACAUACUGUAGCUUGGGUCAGCUCUCCACAUGCGCCUUUUUAAAAUAAUGGUGGCCAGCAAGGGACAUAUGCAACAUACAGCUCAGUCUUUGGCGUCUGCAUGCAAAGGAAAAACAUUAUCUUGGAUUUAUUUGCAGAAUUUCCCCUCAUUCAGCAAUGUAGGCUAAGUUAUGAACCCAUUUUCUACAAGCCACAUGUGGUCCUAACAUUCUGACAUUGAAAUUGUAUUUUCCAAUGAAACAAAUAAAGAGAAAGAAUAACUUUGUC